GAUUGAUCCGCAGUUCGAGAAUCCGGUUACUGAGGCUGUCAUCAACGUCUUCAAUGCUCCAUCGAUUCUCCGUGCAUUCUUGCAGGCCAAGCCAGCUAGGUUGGUCUGUGCUCCCUGCAAGAGGGAGUUCGAUCAGAUGGAGAUCUGGAGCUUGGAUGGGGCCCUCCUGAAGAAGACUGGCUGGAAGAUGGUCGACGAGUACUGGAAGGAGCACAAUCUUCCGGACGAAGGGCAGUUCAAGAGUCGCCUGGGGGAUCGCGCGGAGAACUGGCGAGGGGACGAGGCUCGGUUCAGGCGCUUUGCGAUGGUAACUGUCCAGAGUCUCCAGCAAAGCGGAUUCAUCGACGAGCACCACCUGGCGGAGCCGUGCAGCAGCGCAUCCACAUUGGCAAGUGCCUCUGCUUCACCAGACCUGCCGGACGACUUCGGUGAGCUUCUUCACGCGUUGGAGCGCGGCGAGGUCGAGCAGGCCGCCAGGACAGAAAAAUCGGCCGCGGCGAGUGAUGACGCUGCUGGGACGCUGGCCCGGCUGCGCGAGAUGUGCUCAAAGAUCACCAAAAACAGCUCGGUUCAUGUGGAAUGCGGUAUCGGGAUGCCCUUCUGGGCAACAGUGGUUGUGCGCGUGCACAGUUGGCAUGCUGAAUUCAAUGGGCUCGACACAACGUGGAGUGCUGCGUGUGAGAUGGGCGCGGAUGCCGCUGCUCAGUGCAUAGACGCCGUUCCUCCUUGCGUUUGGCGCUGCUACGAACCUACAUUAGAGCAACCGUCCGAAGCUUUGUCGAAGAGUGAAUCCAAUCCAGUGGAGACUCGCCAACAGCAACCGUCUGAAGCUUCGACGAGUGCACCCACACCGGUUGAGAAUCGCGCAGAGGUCGUCGCCGAGGCCGGAAGGCAGGCCAAAGACUACAAGUCAAAGUUGGGAGAGAUUGUGAUGCGGAGGACGAGGAAGGCUAUAACUGAAAAUGUUCUGAGGUAUGUCGUGACCGAGCCAACAGGACCAGGUAACGGCUUUCGUUGCGAAGUGGUGGUGAGGCUUGACGAAGGAACUGGCUCCGAGCAAAGCUUCUCUGGCAAGAAUUGCUCGAGCAAGAAAGAGGCCAUGCAGGCAGCUGCCGAGCAAGCUUGCCAGCACCUGGAAUCAGUGGCGACCCAUCGCCCGCAGCAACCGGCUGAAGCUUCGACGAGUGCGCCCACACCGGUUGAGAAUCGCGCAGAGGUCGUGGCCGAGCCCGCAAGGCAGGCCAAAGACUACAAGUCAAAGUUGGGAGAGAUUGUGAUGCAGAGGACGAGAAAGGCUAUAACUGAAAAUGUUUUGAGGUAUGUCGUGACCGAGCCAACAGGAGCAGGAAACGGCUUUCGUUGCAAAGUGGUGGUGAGGCUUGACGAAAGAACUGGCUCCGAGCAAAGCUUCUCUGGCAAGAAUUGCUCGAGCAAGAAAGAGGCCAUGCAGGCAGCUGCCGAGCAAGCUUGCCAGCACCUGGAAUCAGUGGCGACCCAUCGCCCGCAGCAACCGGCUGAAGCUUCGACGAGUGCUCCCACACCGGUUGAGAAUCGCGCAGAGGUCGUGGCCGAGCCCGCAAGGCAGGCCAAAGACUACAAGUCAAAGUUGGGAGAGAUUGUGAUGCAGAGGACGAGAAAGGCUAUAAAUGAAAAUGUUUUGAGGUAUGUCGUGACCGAGCCAACAGGACCAGGUAACGGCUUUCGUUGCACAGUGGUGGUGAGGCUUGACGAAGGAACUGGCUCCGAGCAAAGCUUCUCUGGCAAGAAUUGCUCGAGCAAGAAAGAGGCCAUGCAGGCAGCUGCCGAGCAAGCUUGCCAGCACCUGGAAUCAGUGGCGACCCAUCGCCCGCAGCAACCGGCUGAAGCUUCGACGAGU